UUGAAAUUUCCUUUUCAAUAGCCUAUUCGUCUUGUUUCUCUUUCCAUCACCUUCCCUCAAUAAGAAUAUCUUCCUUUCAUAUUUAGAAGUCAAAGCGCCCGUGGCAUAAUCAUCAUUCGAAAGAGAUCGAGUUUGCGUUGGUGGGAGGGUGUUCGUGGAAAACGUUGGACAAAAGAACCAAUAAUUAGUUUAGUACGCGCAUAACAUUUAUUAACUAUACAUAUAUAGGUAUAAUUUUGUUAGUAUAUAAAAGGAAGGGAGAGGCUAAUAAGACAAAAAAAAAGGGGGGGGGGGGGGGGGGGGGAAAUGGAGUCAUCACCAAAGACACCAGACAGCAAAGGAGCAGCAGCAGGAAGUGCAACAAAAUCGUUGAUGGACAAUCUUUUGGGUCUUUUAAGGAUCAAAAUAAAGAAAGGAGUUAAUCUUGCUGUUCGUGAUGUUCGUACCAGUGAUCCUUAUUGUGUCGUCAAGAUGGGUAAAAAACAGAAACUGAAGACGCGAGUUAUAAAGAAGGAUAUCAAUCCUGAGUGGAAUGAAGAUUUGACCCUUUCUGUUUCUGAUCCCAAUCUUCCUAUUAAGCUGACUGUUUACGAUCACGACACGUUCAGCAUGGAUGACAAAAUGGGAGAUGCAGAGUUUGACAUCAAACCAUUUGUAGAGGCUUUGAAAAUGAACUUAGAUGGCCUCCCAUCCGGCACUGUGAUUACAAGAGUACUGCCAUGCAGGACAAACUGCCUUGCCGAAGAGAGUCGAGUCGUAUGGCAAGAUGGUAAAGCUGUGCAAGAUAUGAUACUAAGGUUGAGAAAUGUUGAAUGUGGAGAAGUUGAACUCCAGCUUCAGUGGAUUGAACUUCCUGGCAGUAAGAUUGUGUAGAUUAGCUUGUUGUCUAUAGCAAUUGCAAACUGGUUUCUGAAUCCUACAACUCUAUGGUUUGUGGGAUUUGAUAAUGAAGUUUGAUAUAUAAAAGACCUUUUCACUUAAGGUUUGUAGCUUAGUGGAGGUUUAAAUGUUUUCUUUUUAGUCAUGUAAUUCACUGGAAUUACUUAUGUUAUAUACCCUGUAAUAAAGAUGAUACCCUUUUUCUUGCUUCAGAAAUUUGCAUACUUUUUUUUUCUUG